AUGGAGAACCGUGUAACGAAUGAUCAAGGGAUGAAGGAGAUUGAGGUGUGUAGGAAAGCCCUAUUGAAGGCGAAGCCACAUCAGUUGGAAGAUGGUACACUAGUCAACGAAGGGAUUGAGCUUGUUCUACGAUCCUAUCCUCCAGCAGUCCAACUAAAGCAUCUCGAAUUGCUUCUUGUACUCCUUCGACAAUUGAUCGCUUUAUCUGCCUUAGUCAGUCCGAGCCUGUUCACUGAGGUUGAAGCUAAGAUCCUACCGGCAUUCCUCCCAGGUGGUCAUCUGGCUUCUUUAGUUCUCCUCAACCUCGACCAUCCGCUUAAAGUGCAACAACAACGAUCUUCCGAAGUCCUCUCUCUAGCCGGCGAGCUCUCAACCCUCCUUCCUCCUCCACAGAUAUCGACCAGCGAAUCAACAACAUUUAUCGUACCGCUUUUUAAACAAGCUAUAAGUAAUGGUAUAGCUAGAAGAUCAAACUUAAUUGUAAUUUCAACUCUACUAGACUACGUACCAUCAUCAGUUAUCUCACCAAACUUAGUGAAUGAUCUACUAGGUGAUUUGGGGAUAGUAGAUUGUGCGAAUAUCCGAUCAAAUCUAAUUAUUAACCUUCUCACCAAAUUAUCUUCUUCCAAAAAUGAUGUUGUCCGACAGCUAGUACCCUAUUUCGCACCGGGUUUGCCAAACUCUGUAAUGGUAACCAUGAAUCGUUAUCUCCUUCCUUCCCUAUUCAAGAAAGAUCCUUCAUACGUUACAACCCUUCUUGGUGUACUUUCAGAUAAGAGGCAGUUGUUCGGUGCAUGGAUAACGGUAGCUUCGAUUGGACUUUCUCUAGGGAUCGUAAAAGUAAAUCAACUUCCCCAGCAGGACUUGAAAGAUGCUUUGGCACAUGAAGAUGCAGAUAUAAGGAUUAGAGCCUUCGAAUUGGUUUCUGGAUCGAAAGAUCAAUUUACUGAAGAAGUCUUUGAAUUAAUCAAAGAAGGGUUUACAUGGAAUGAUGGACUGCCUUCUGCAGGGAGCCGUUCAGCAUUUUCCUCAUCGACAUUCGCAUUCCUAGUCCGUCUACAUCAACUUGAAACUUCCACUCGGCGAAUCCUACGUAAAAAGCCCAAUACAGAAAAUAUCAAGAAAGAACAGAAAUCGGUAUCAUCCAUAUUACCAUUAUGCGAAUCUUUUCAUCGUUGGUUCCUUGAUUAUCUCGAUAAUGGUCUAAUACAAGCUAGGAGAUUUCCAGUAUUCAAGAUACUGCUAUCGUUAAAUCUCCUAGGACGGUAUUUAGACGUUUUCGGGGAUAAUGAUGAUAUACAAAUAAGUGUGUAUACGAAAGAGAGAGUGGAAAUGCUGUUGUGUUGUCAAAUGAGUGAAUUUACCGAAGUUCGAAAUAGGUCUCGAAAGAUUUUGGAAUCAGCUACGAUUCCUUUACCAGGUUAUGAGACGCUCUCGACACCAUCGUCACAAGCUCUAAUGAAUUCAGCGAUGAACUCUAUCAAUUUACCUAGGAAAACUCAGGCUGAAGCUGGUAAAUCUGCUUUGUGUAUUUUGUUCAGUAAAUUGGUCAAGAGUGAUCAAGACCAAUCUGAAGCACUGCACUUUGUCGGAAACCUGAUUGAGAAGUUGGAGAAAGGGAUAGCAGUUGUUGAGAAGGAUUUGGUAAGAGGCAUAAAAGAGUAUCCUAUACAUGGGUCUCUGGCUGCAAUUAGUGAUCUGCUAUCAUGUCUUGAUCUUACCUCUUCAACCUCUCAAAGAGCUUGGCAACCCACUUUGCACCACUUGCUCGCUCUUAUCAACCGAAUAUGGAACAUUACCAAGACCGUCAUCUCACUUGCUCCUUCCACUGUAGAAGGUGCAACUGACUCCUCCAGACCGGAUCAUGAGAUUGCACGAGCAUACGAGGUAUUAGCAAAUGGCGAUGAUGAAGAGGAAGAUGGGGAAGGAGGGGAAGAAAUGGAUCAUACGGGUUUACUAUCAGGUUGUUGGAGAGCAACGAGAAAUGCGGGUGAAUUACUUGCCACGAUAAUAUAUUUGCCUAUAACUCAGUCCGGUGUCUCACAGACAAUAUGGACAAAAGACGAGAUAAACAUCGCAGGUGAAUGUUUCCUGACGUGGAUGCAUGAGAUCAAACAUCGCGGUACUUUCUCGAAAAUCGCUAUUGCGUUUGCGCAGUUAGUGGAAGCUGUUAGACCUAUACCUGAAUUAAGGGAUUUAUGUGAAGAAUGGUUGCAGCAUGACCUACGCACCAUUGCAUCUGAUCAGCACUCUACCACCCGUCGUUCGGCAGCAUUACCUUACUCGAUCUUAUCUCUCGUAUCAUUCGACGAAGAAUUACUCAACACUGCUCUAACAGCUUUACUUGACUUGGCCAGAGUCGAUAAUGAAGAUACCUCAAACGUAACGAAAGUACAUGCUUUCAACGUGUUAAAGAUUGUGCUUUUAGAUGCAAGACAGACGAAAUGGUUUGGUCAAUGGUUCGAAAGGGGAGUUAUGACUGCUUUGGGAGCGUUCGAGUCGCCUGAUUGGAAUGUCCGGAACGUCGGAUUGAUCCUUUUCUCCACCUUGGUCCAUCGAUGCUUGUCCCCUCCGAGAGGUGGCCAAGAUUACUACAAAUCACGAUCAACCUUGGCGACUAGACAAUCAUUCUCAGCUUUUCACUCUAAAUACCCAUCGGUCAUUCCCUUUAUCACGAAAUACCUGGAAUCGCAUAUAACAAAAGGGUCCAGUGGAAAUAAGCAUUCACCACUAUUUCCUAUUUUGAUCAUUGUUAGAAGUUUGAGGUAUGAUGAUGAUUCUGAGGAAUUGGUAAAGGAGUUGAGGAUAACGGUGGAGAGAUAUUUGAGCAGCCAGGAAUAUCAGGUCCGACAAGUUGCUGCUCAAGCUUUAUCUUCACUCGUACCCCCUGGUCAAUCAUUGAAUGCAGCUUUAACCAUCAUGACCAAACCGGAAGAAUCUGAUCUCAACGCAGUUCACGGCGAAGUGUUGUACCUGAAACAACUUAUCGCGAAUGUUAUACCUUGGUCAGAUAUAUCGAGCUGUUCCAAACGAUCUUUCGAAGAUGACUUGUCGACAUUGGUCAGACGAUGCGUACCUGGAACAUGUCCACCGGUUACUGAAGCUGUUUUAGAAUGUGUACAAUUAUACAACGUAAAUGUGAAAACCACCUCGUCAGAUAUCGCUAAGCAAACAUAUUCACUCGUCACUACACAUCUUGACAACAGAGGUGAUAUACCUUUCGUUCCUGGGGAAGAUGCUCGACAUAACUCAUCGGUAAAGUUUGUUUUGUCGAAUCAACCUACUCAAGAACUGGUACUGGGCCUAUUAUCAAAAUCUGCGAGUGAAAUCGAUCAGACACUGGUACUAGAAAAAUUACCUUCGCUGCCUGAUUUGUGGACUGGAGAGAUCUUCGAUGCAGUCUUGGAGAAUGCUUUGACGGGUAGAGGCGGUGACGGUGUGAGAGUUUUGGCUCUGGAUGCUUUAUCCGAAAUCAAAUGGUCAGAUAUAGUUUUACAAGGAAUGGAUGGGAAAUGGAAAAAGGUUAUAGAGAGACUGAGGAUAGUGGUGGAAAGCACAUGUGUACCUGUCAAAGAAGCUGGGUUGGUAUCUCUUGGAUGGGCGAUACACAAUAGCAUCAUAAACAAGAAUAAUACAGCUAUGGAAGGCCUCAAGACUGCAUCAGCUCCUAUAUUAAUCUUCUCGCACGAAGACGAAUCUCAACCAUCUCGAGUAUCUUCACUUCGGACACUUGCUCAUUUAACCCCUCAUUUAUUCAAUCAUGCUAACGUGGAACUACACCGAGCUUUAUUGCGACUGGUACAAGACGACGACGAAGAAAUACGAAAUGGCGUAUGUGAUAUCCUUUCCACAGGCUUAAAAUUAAGAAUGGGAGUGAUCCUUUCCAAAUCACUUGAAAUAUAUUGGACAUGGCUUGAAGAAUACCUGAAAUCGCAAAAUAUAGAUCAAAAGCAAAAAUGGUUAGGUUGGCUCAAAAAUUUAGCAACGGAUCAAGAAGGAUAUGAACAAGAUGUCAAAGUCCUAAAUCGGCAUGAUAAUUCCACGGAAUUGUUAUUCGAAGUCGAACCAUCCAAUAUAUUCCGUGAUUCCCUCGUGGAUCUAUAUUACUCAAACAGAUCGCUUCGUUCUUUAGGUGUAGGUAUUGAGGUAACACAUACCGAUGAUGCUCACAUCGCAGAGGGAGGGGUCCGGCUAAGUCCGAUUGAUGAUGCAUGGGAAGCUAGAAGGACAUUGGAAACAAGGAGGAAGUACACGCAUGGUAUAGAGUAA